UGCUAUGGUCUAACAGAAAGUAGCGGACCCAUAACACUUUGUGAUGGAUUGGAAGGUAAUUUACACCUUUCAAUAGGCAGGCUGAUCCCAUCUGUGGAGGCCAAAAUAGUUCAUGCUCGCACUGGUAAAUCUCUUCCACCAAACAAGCAUGGAGAGCUAUGUGUAAGGGGACCUCCAGUCAUGCAAGGCUACCUGAACAACCCAGAAGCUACCUCUGUCGCCAUUGAUGAACAAGGAUGGCUUCACACAGGCGAUCUGUGUUAUAUAGACAACGAAGGGCUGGUCUACGUGGUUGAUAGAAUUAAAGAGCUAAUCAAAUAUAAAGCUUAUCAGGUUGCUCCAGUAGAGCUGGAAGAAAUCCUAUCAACCCAUCCUGCAGUCGAAGAUGUGGCAGUGAUACCGUUUCCUGAUGAGGAGGCUGGACAGAUCCCUAUGGCUUGUGUGGUGAGGAAGGCAGGUUUUGAGCUGCAGAAGGAUGAAGUAAUUGCUUUCAUGGAAGACAAGGUGGCUCCAUACAAGAAGAUUAGGAAGGUAAUGUUUGUGGACUAUAUUCCAAGAACACCGUCUGGAAAAAUCAUUAGAAGGCGUCUCAAGGACACAGAUUUCAUUCAUCAGAGGCCAGAAAUGUCAGCAAGACUCUGAAUUAAUUAUGACUACCAGCACUUAAUUUUAAUUCCAAAUUUAUAAGAAAAAAAAAUAUA